AUGGGACUAUGUUGUUCAACGUGGGCAGACUAUAAUACAGUAAUAAAGAAACAGAACAAAGAAGCAGAUGAUAAAAUGUAAGUUUAUUUACUAACUUAGAGCUUUUAAUAUGAAUACUAGUCUACCAAUAAUAAUAAGUUUGCUUCUUACUAAGACUUUAAAAAAUUUACAUUUACACAUUAUUCACAACGUCGUAUUACUUUGUAGAUGUCGCAAUGUUAUCAUUUUUGAACUAAUUGCAAUUGAUAAUUUAAAAACCAGAGAUUAUGAACUAUGUAUGCUGUAGGAAUAACAUCAUUAGUAAUAAGAAGCUAAACUACAUUCUAACUCAUUACUUAAUUUUGGUGCAAAACCGUAACCUUAAGGUGUUUAUAGUUCAGUUUUGAACCUAUAUGUUCUUUUUAAUAACUCAAAAAUAGUUUUUACAGGCACACAAACUGAUUAUACACCAAUAAAAUACGACUUUCAGAUCAAACGACAUCUCAAAGUACGACCCAGACAGGUUAAACCUAACACAAGCACACAUCGACGCGAUGAAGACUUGUUGGACAGAAGUGAUAGCGAAGGAAAGAAGGGACAUAUUCCACAAAACAAUGUUAUUUUGUAUUGAAGCAUCACCAAAACUCAACGAAAUCAUCGCAAUGAAUAGGUAUUGCUACAGGGACUUGACACGAUGGCCGAAACUCAACGAAAUGUGGUAAGCAGCUUGUUUGAGCUACUAUCUAAUAUAUGUCUUCCUAAUAAUGUAUACCUUUUACACAUUGUUGUUAUCAGUUAAGGUACUAUUCUUUGUAUAUAAUAGUAUCAUUGGUAUGAUUUUCAAUACUAUUAUAUGUUUUUUAAAUUGUAGUAUAAUAAAAUUUUUCAUCCUUUUUUAAUAUUAUGUAGACCAAAAACUGUCUGGAAUAAGGUGACCUUUUACUCAGUAUGUGACUUUUUUAUUUACCACUUAAUUUACUUUUCACUCAGGACAUAACCUUUCCAAGAAACUGCACUUUAAGCGAAUUAAACACGAUUUUUUUAAACGUCAACAUAAUUAAAUUCAUUUUUAAUAAUCAAAAAACUAACAAAAAGGUCGACUUUUGUUUAUUGCCAAAAACUUGUUGCGUUUUUCAAAUUUCCAAGAACAUUUUAGGUCAUUUGCACUUCGUGUUGACUUCAUUUUUGCAAAAAGCAAAACAUAUUUACAACUUUAUAAAAAAUAAUUUCUUAAUGUUUUCUAAUUAUUGUGUAUACAGUAGUAAGCACUGUAACAGUACUCGACAAUACAACUUUACACAUUCCAGUACCUCCAUGCUAUAACCUUCCAUUUUUCAGCACAAAAAAGUACGAGUUCUUCGAGAAGCUAAUAGUGCACACCGACCUCUCCGAAGACAAAGUCCAGAAAGCGGUCGACUGUAGUGGUCGAUUACAUGCGACCUACUCAAAAUAUGGCAUGAAACCUCAUUUCCUCGACAUUUUUCAACAACAAUUUCUGGGGAUUCUGUUCCGACUAAAAGAGCACGAAAGCUACGAUAAAGACCUCAUGCUUCAAGGAUUUACGAUUCUGAUGUCAUUUAUGAUCGAACGAAUGAAUGUCACUUAUGCUGAAGCGAUACAACAGAUGAGGAAUACGAAGGAUGAGAAGAGCGACAGUAAAGAGGCAUUAUAA